AUGGGUUUCCUCCACAAGCUUUGGGACGAGACGCUCGCCGGCCCUACCCCCGACUCCGGCCUCGGAAAGCUUCGCAAGUAUGACUCUUUCUCUGCCACCCGUUCUCCGCCGGUGAUCGAUAUCAAUAGCCCCGACGACAUCCCCAUCUCCCGCUCCAUCACUAUCCUCCGGUGCCACUCCUCCACCUCUUACCGCGGUUCCUCCGCCCCCUUCUUCGCCGACUCCAGCUCCGUCCCAUCCUCCCCCGCCGGCCCCACCUCCCCUACCUCCCCAUUUUCCCCCACGGGAAACUCGGCUCGAGAAGAUUUCAAGAGGUUGCUAAGGAGAAGAUCUGCAAGGGAACCGCUGGAAGAUCCAAGAAGUCUGGCCAUUUCCGACUGGGUAGUGAUGAAUGCCUUGGAUCAUUGA